AUGUAUGUGGCUAUGACUUAUUUACGUGCACCUUUUCUUGAAUCGCUGAAUGAACAAUUACAACAGGUUUGCACCAGUUCGAAGUGGCAUACGCGUCGCGUAGCGAUGAAAUUUGUACAACAUACGAUUUUUUGUAAUCUCUUCAAUGCUCGAUUGUAUCAAAAGCAAUUACAUGAACUUGUUUUUAAAUGUUUAUUCGAUGAACAAUUUGAGGUUCGUACAGUUGCAUCAGUGACAUUAUCAGGCUUUUAUCAAUGUGGAUAUAUUCAAGUUAAUGAAGAAGAUUUUGUCAAUAUUCAAGAUUUUAUUUUUUAA